AUGGGCUCGUAUCAGCUAUUGGACAAACUAAAAUUCCAACAUGGGCUACGGCUUAAUAGGGACAGUAUAUGUCCUAGAAUGGAUCUGCUGCUCAUGUACAAUAAGCAGUCGACCAAGCUGUACCGAGUAAACGGCUCUCUGAUCUGGGAGAGAGAUCUGGCGAUCCAGCAAUUCAAAUGGAAUUUUGACGGUAAAUUCAUUGUGGCUGUGGACAAAAAUGAUAGUGUACACGUACUAGAUGUCACGGAUGGCAGCACAGUACACCACUUCAGCUGUGAAGAGGGAUGCAGCGUAGACGCGUUUAAAGUCGAAAAACCUAAACGUGAUGGCACAAACUUUGAUUACCUUCCCACCUUAGGCGCAUUGCCAGACGUCAGUAAAUCAAUCAAUCAAUUCCUGCCAUUCAGAUUACCAAAGAAUGACAAAAACGACGGCGAUUAUAUCCAAAAACUAACAAAAAGUGGCUUUCCAGCUGUCCCCAUUGAGUCUUCAAGUGUUGCUAUACAUGUUCGCGAGGAAUCCCUGCUCGACAGCUCUAGUUCGGUUGUCGCUUGUAGGUACGACGAUUUUCUCCAGUUAUAUUUACAAGGCACGCUUCAAUUACCUCGAAUACCUCUGCCCAACGCCUCACCAUACGACAGUCUAAUCAUAACACCUCAAUUGGAUGUAUAUACGCUCACUCAUUACGGAAGAAUCAUUAUACCACGCGAUAUACAUCAUUUAGGUUGUCUAUCUAGCCAAAUGUCAAUCACUCUUAGCUACGCAUUUGAAGGUAUCUUGCGUCUCACCAAACUGUAUGCUGAUAACGGUGGUCCUCGUUCUGAAUCGAUCAAAUGGCACGACAAGAUACAUGAAUUUGUGAAGCCUCACUCAACAGACACGCCUGAACUGGCUCUCAUUCAAUUGCUGCUCAUGGGUACAACAAGUAAAGGACUGAGAGAAUUCAUUGGCGAAAACUUGACAGACAGAACACUAGAAAAGUGGACAACGACAGUUUCAUCAUCAUUGCAUCAAAUGCAGUCUUUAAUACUAUACCACAUUGUGCCGUCAUUAGAAAGGACCUUGAUAAUAUUCGAAGAGUUACAAGUCACUUCUUUAACUCCUGGUAAUUACCAAGGAAUUCCAAUAGACGAACCGAUCCUUAGGCAGAUUAUCAGCACAACGACUAAAUUAACAAGUAGGAUAUGGGAGCUUACCACGACAAUAUCUAAAAAAGUCAUUGACUUUAAUGAAUUUGCCAAGUUUCUCAAAUAUCAAAUGUCAAAAUACGCGUACUUCAAUCAAGAGGAGAUUGAUGAAGUCGUCAGUAUGCCAAAGCCUGACUUUGAUAUUAUGGCAGUCAUUCAAUACCUUCAAUCAGGCUUUGCCAUGACCGAGAUAGACGACUUUCUGAUCAAGAAUGACUACCUUGUGCCUUGUGAUAAGGACAGCGAUGAACAUGUUGAUAUGGAUACAGUACUGGGUAAAGCCCAAAAGAAUUUGAAAGAGGCCAACAAGCUCAUAGAAGGAAGGGAAAGUAAUGACAGACGUGUUUCUGGUUCAGGUUUACCUAUAAGAGGUCGUCACAGCCAAGGAAGAGCCUCUGAGAUACCUCGGACGUCGAGUUUGCAGGCUGACGUCAUGUCAACAACAACUUGGAUAGUGAACAAUCUGAAAUCACUAAUGCAAGGCGCAGUAGAUAAUUGCGAUGUCAAAUUGGAUUUACAGAUGCGAGCUAGGAUGCCAUCUCUUGAAAAUGUGCAAACAUUCAGAGAGAACGUCAUACAGACGGAGGAAGGGGCAGUGUAUCACAACAUUGCAUACUCAUAUCAUCUUACAGACGAACAGAACGAUUCAGAAAUCAUUUUGCUUAAGACAGCUCUCGAAAAGGACUCAAAAUGGCAAAUGCAACGGUUACAUCUUCCUACAACUCGUGUAGUUGAUUAUGGAUACUUUGAUGGAGAGACACUCAUUGUCCUAGUGUUUGAUAGGGAUAACGAUGAGCAUAUACUGGCCAGUGUUCCGUACCAUGAUCUUGCAUACGACGGCAGCAGAAUAAUAGCACCUUUGGACAAGCAAAGAACGCUUUCAAAAUCUGAUGAACCGAUUAACGAGCUGGCUUUAAAUGGACUUCCUGGUCGUAGAAUAGCUGCUUUGUCAACCAACGCCGGUUAUGGCUGUCUAGUCUUUGAUAUGGACGGUGAUGAUAUGGAGUCGGAUGAAGAGAAAGGAGAUGAAGAUGAAGAUAUGGAGGAAUAA